UACAAUUUCACCUCAAGCUCAGGCACGUUUGGAGCGAGCCAAGCUAGUUGCGGCCCAGGCUGCUGAGGUCAGCGGACGGGCAGUGGCGGGGGCUCUUAGCGUGACGGCUACUGUAGCGGCCAACCUGGCGCAGAGCAUCGCCGCCUCGGACCUGGGCCGCAAAAUGGGCAAGACAAGGGUGGCAGGGGCAUCGAUGCAGGAUCUCCGAAAGGUCGGCGUUGCUGGCGUAGAGGUGGUGGAAGCCUUGUACGAGAGUCUGGCUGAUGCAGCACGCAUCGUGCUUGCGCAUACACACAGUGCAGCCACGCAAGUUGCGUACCACAAGUACGGCCCUGCAGCGGCGCAGGCAACUGACACCAGCAUGCAGCUGAUGCACAGCGUAGUAGAGACAGGGCUCAAUGUUUCCAAACUGCGGCCCACAGCGCUGGUAAAGAAGGCAAUUAAGGGGACGGCCAAGAAUGUUGUCCUUGGGCCGAGAGACCAGCUGCAGACACCAGAACGUCUUUAUCAGCAAUCUCAGUAUACACAGGAACGGCCGGCUUUGCAAGAGGGCUAUUACCAUGUACCUGAGCCCACAGAAGCUUCCUCGGGGGUGGCUGUAGCAGCAUCCCUAUUGCCUUUGCCUGGAAACGGCAUCAACAACAGCAUCUUUGCUGCUAUGCCGCCCCUGCCUUCAAGAGCACCCAUGGCUGCCGUUUCCACAACAGAAAACAAUGCGGGUCCACAACAUAAUGCAGCUGCUGGGGUAAUUGGCGUGUACAGUGGCAGAGAUAUGACUCCUGCCAUUGGAACAGUGGUGGAUGGUUUGCCGGUGACGGGGCCAGUCCUGGGACAAGUAGUGACGUUUGAGAAUAACGCUCCCUCGGCAGAGGUUCUGCAACCAUCCACAGUGAUGGCUGCACCAGGGACGGAUCAGGGGUUGCCAUACCCCACGGUCAGCAACUCACAUUACACUGCCCGGUACUACCCAGCGGUUCCCCGUGCAUAGCAAUGGGUAAUUGCACGGGUAUGCACUAUGCAGGCUGGAGCAAGCCAUGCUUAGAGGGGUCAGGAGGAGGGGAACAAGAACCAUUCCUGCCACUGCCCAAUCCACAGGACAGGACAGACGGUUAGAAGAAUAAAUCAUAGAUUGCGCUCCUCCCAGACUUGCUGUACCUUAGUAAGAUGUAUUGACGCUUUGGUAAUUGUUCUGCUGCCUUGCGCAUAUUCGGUAGGUGGUUCAAGUGACGGUUUGGAGCCAUCUUCCGUAGUUAUCCGAUUGCAGUUGAGUUGAUGUAAGAAACAAUGAGCUUGCUAAAAUCAUUGGUUUGGAAUACUUGAUGUCCUGGCUAAGCUGAGCUUGUGAGUUGCCAUUGUGCAGUCAUUUGCCCAUUCGAUAUAUUUCACCUGAUCAAGGGUAUGCAAACGGAUUUACCAUUAUUACAUUAUAACCGGAUUUAUGGGGCUGCAUAGCCAAGACAGAGAAACAGCUCUAGCGAUGUGACGAGCUAACGGCAACAGUAAACUAUACAGCGUCCGUACCUAUCCGGUCAACUGCUGAGUAGGUAUAAAAGCCGACGAGCUUGCUAGUCUCCUUGGUCCAAAAUGCCUGUUACGCAGUUAUGCGGCUGAGCUGAGCUGUGACAAAGUGUAAUAGCCGUCCCUUGC